AUGGAGGACAUGCCACUCCCCAUGACCGAUUCUCGUCCCGGCUACGGCUCCGAGCGCAGAGGCUUCGGCGGCUCAGGCGGUGGCGGCUUUGGUGACGAAGACGAAGCUGACCGUCGUUCAGAACGCCAAGGGUACUCCGUGCGCGAGCAACUGCCCAUGCCCACUGCUCCUCCCUACACAGCUCAUCUUGCCAAUCUCUCAUUCGAUGCAUUGGAGGACGAUGUUAAUGAUUUCUUCCGCGAUUGCGAAGUCAAGGAAGUGCGCAUCGUGAAGGACAAGAUGGAUGAUAAGCCUAAGGGAUUCGGCUACGUUACAUUUGAUAGUCUCGAGGGCCUGAAGACCGCUCUCAACCUCAGCGGCGGCUCCUUGGCUGGCAGAGCAGUGCGUGUCAGUGUCGCCGAACCUCCGAAAGAUCGAGUUGACCCGUCACGUGAUCUGAGCGACUGGUCUCGCAAAGGCCCGUUACCUGACCUUCCAAACCAACGUAGAGUUUCGGAUCGCCCCACGUUCAACAGGUUUGAUGACAAUCGUUCCGAUGCUGGCAGCGAGCGAGGUGGCAGACGCGGCUUCGAGCCUAGUGGCGAUGGAAAGGUUCGAGACUUUGGUAACUGGGAGCGUCGGGGUCCGCUUCCCGCAACACCUGGCCAGGGUACAUCUCUCCGUGAUGGUGGCCGUCAGCAAAGCAAAAAUGGGCCCGACUUCCGCCACAAUUCCCCAUCGUGGGGCGAAGGCAGAUCUCAGGAUGGUUCCCGCCCGCCAAGACGAGACCAGGAUAGGCCUGCUGUUGACAGACAACCUACUGCGCCCGAGCUUGACAACGAGUGGCGAUCUGGUAUGAAGGCUGCCCCAGCGGUCAAAUCACCGACACCUGACGACAGCAACCCACCGUCACCUCGUCCGGCAGCUGCCCCAGCAACCCGGCCCAGACUCAAUCUCCAGAAGCGUACAGUCUCAGAGGCUGAGCCGGCUACUUCCCCUGCGCCUGGCUCCGACUCGAAAGCAAGCCCUUUCGGAGCCGCCAAACCGAUCGACACAGCCGCCAGGGAGCGAGCCGUUGAGGAGAAGCGUCAGCUGGUGAUCCGAGAGCGCAAGGAAGCGGAAGAGAAAGCACGUGCGGAGAAAGCAGAAGAAAAACGUCAAACGAGAGAAAAGGGCGAGUCUGAUAAGCCUGAAUCACCAAAGGCCACCAAGCAAACGCCAAAGGGCGAAGAGGACGAGGAAAAGCCUGCUGGACCAAAAUUCGACAUUCUUCGUCGCGCAGAGUCGGGUACCAACGAUAUGAUUGCGGAUGAUCAGGACGAAGAUGUUGCACCCACGGAUGACAAAGCCGUCAAGCCCAAGGAGAUCGUGGUGCCCGCAUCGCAGGCUAAUGGAUCAUGGAGAAAGGCUCCUGGCGCAAAGUCACCAGGUCCUAAAUCACCCGAGGCCUCGACCGCCGAGGCUUUGGAGGAGGACGGCUGGAGCACUGUGUCUAAGCCCGGCAAGCAACGGAACAAUCGACGCGGCGGGCCAAGAGCCAUCGCUUCUUGA